UACACUGUGCCUCGGGUUCCGGGCCGCUCGGAGAACGAUGGUUUUCCGGCGGCUGCUGGCGGCCCUGCUGCACAACCCGCAGUUAGUGGAGCGGCUGUCCGAGUCGCGGCCCAUCCGGCGGGCAGCGCAACUCACAGCCUUCGCGCUGUUACAGCUGCAACUGCGCGGCCACGAUGCAGCCCGCCGUCUGCGCGCCCUCGCGGAUAAGCCCCCGGGUUCCCUACGUCGCCGCGCCGCGAGGUUCAAGGACACUUUCACCGAAGAACUCCGCCGCAGCGUCCGGGACCGUCCAGGGCAACAGAAGGGUCCGGGCCCCAACGCGUAAGCAUGGGCUGGGCUCUCACGGGCCGAGGUCACGAACCCUCCCUUCAGUGAUCUACACCGACCUCAGCAGUCACGAGUCAUCUCCAGGAGGCCACGCUGCUUCGAAUCCUAACUCGGAUAUACAGAUGCCUCAGGUCAAAUGGACAUGUGCCCGGUAGUCCUGCAGACGUAAAGACCUCGAAGUCCACCAGUGAUAAAGAGUCUAGACCAUAACGUAGUACUACUGAGAGCCAUGGACAACCAGAAAGCAAGCCUGCCUUCUGCAAGCGGGACUGAAGCGGAAUAAAUGCUGCUGCGUCUGCACUGGUGCAGGAGAAUACUAGGGAAGCUUGUAAAUGAAAUGACAACCCCGAGGCUUUCAAAAUCUUUCAUUAAAUGUGUAAGCUGGUUAAUAA